AUGAAUCCAGAAUACGACUAUCUCUUCAAGCUUUUACUUAUCGGUGACUCUGGCGUAGGAAAGAGUUGCCUUCUCUUGCGAUUUGCAGAUGAUACUUACACAGAGUCAUACAUUUCUACCAUUGGUGUCGAUUUCAAAAUCCGUACUAUUGAGUUAGAAGGAAAGACGGUCAAACUUCAGAUUUGGGAUACUGCCGGUCAAGAACGUUUCCGUACGAUUACAAGCUCUUAUUACCGCGGUGCUCACGGUAUCAUUAUUGUUUACGACGUUACGGAUCAAGAUUCUUUUAGUAACGUUAAACAAUGGUUACAGGAAAUUGACAGAUACGCCGUUGAAGGUGUCAACCGUUUGUUGGUUGGCAACAAGUCAGAUAUGACUGAUAAAAAGGUGGUCGAGUACACUGUCGCCAAGGAAUUUGCCGACAGCUUGAAUAUUCCUUUCCUCGAAACAUCUGCCAAGGAUUCUACCAAUGUCGAACAAGCUUUCCUGACCAUGGCACGACAAAUCAAGGAGCGUAUGGGAAACACCACCUUUUCCUCUUCAAACGCCAAAUCUAGCGUCAAGGUAGGCCAAGGCACCAAUGUUUCUCAAGGCUCCAGUGGAUGCUGUUAA